AUGGACUUUGAACAGCGAAAUGAGCUUACAGAGACUCUUCGUUUGUCGGUAGACUGUUUGCGCGAUCUCAACCUCUACAACGCGACGAAGUGGUGCAGCGAAGCUUUAACCGGAUUAAGACCACUGACCAAUCAAGAGGCUCAUUCGGUCUAUCUGAGAUCGAAGAACCCACAGCGGGGCAAUCUGCCAGAGGUUUUACCGGAGCUGUCACAACAAGAAGAAAUGCUUUUGUUUCUAGAACGCGACAAGAUCACGCUGGCACAGUCAUAUUUCAACACCAAAGAAUUUGCACGGUCUGCGCACGUUUUGAAGGAUUGUAAGAGCGCGAAAGGUCUCUUUGUGAGACUAUACUCAACAUUCUUGAACGGUGAGAAGAUCAAAGGUGACCAGGGCGAGGGCAUAUUGACUGGAAAAGAUGGCGUAGCGCCGAAUCCAAAGGUGUCAGAGAUUUCUGGCGAAUUGGAAGCAUAUUGCAGUGCUGACAGAUUGACAGACCCGUUCCUGCUGUACCUGUAUGGGGUAAUUCAAAUGAAACAAGGAGACAUUUCCCAGGCGCGAGAGUCGCUAUACAGGUCAUUGGUGCACUUUCCAUACAAUUGGAGCUGUUGGGAGCAACUUGGAUCAACUUUCAAGACGUUUGACGAGGCUUUGACGAUGAUAGAGAGGUUUGAGAAGAAUCACAGGUUUUCUUCGAGCAGAAACUACGGAACCAUGUUGCUGUUCUUCAAGGUGUUUAUCAACCAGUCGUUUUUUCAGCAGUCAGAAGACGUUUAUCAGGAUAUUGAGUUUUUGCUGGAGAUAUUUCCAAAUUUUAGCUUCUUGAAAAUCCAGAAGGCCCUGAUAUCUUACAACUCUAUGGAUUACCCUACAGCUGAACACGCCUUCGACGAUGUGUUGGUGAAUGAUCCAUUCCGGCUCGACGAUCUGGAUGCAUUCUCCAACAUAUUGUAUGUUAUGGAGAAGAAAUCGAAGCUUGCGUUUCUGGCGCAGUUUGCCUCGGCAAUUGACAAGUUUCGCCCAGAAACGUGUUGCAUUGUGGCCAACUACUAUUCUCUCAAGUUUCAGCACGAAAAGGCUAUCAUGUAUUACAAAAGAGCUCUAUCACUCAACAAGAACUGUCUGUCCGCAUGGACUCUCAUGGGCCACGAGUUCGUGGAGCUCAAAAACUCUCAUGCCGCUAUAGAAUCAUACAGAAGAGCUGUUGAUACCAACAACAAAGACUUCAGGGCCUGGUAUGGUCUCGGUCAGGCCUACGAGGUUCUGGAUAUGCACCUGUACUCGCUUUACUACUAUCAAAGAGCAUGUGCCUUGAAACCGCAAGACCAAAGGAUGUGGCAGGCUCUCGCAAAUUGUUACGAGAGACUGGGAGGUGCUGAGGAAUCCAUCAAGGCAUAUAAGAAAGCACUGGCCAUUUCAGAAGCAGAUUCAAACAUACUGUACAAGAUUGCGAUGCUGUACGAGUCGCUUAACGAUGUGAAGAACUCUGUUGUCUAUAUGAAGUUGACGCUUGCUGAAGAGGUGAAUGAAGGUGUUUCUGACGAGACUGCAAAAGCAAGACUGUGGCUAGCCAAGUUUGAGGCGGCCAACAAUAACUGGCCUAUGGUGUAUAGGUACGCCAGUGAGAUGAACGAAGGGUCUGCUCAUGAUAUAGAGGAAGCAAGAACCUUGGCGAGGGAGGCUCGGGUGAAAAUGAAGUCCUCAUGA